AUGCUCACCCCAAUCUUGUGCUGCGCCAGGUUAUUUAGUUUCCGAAACAAAGCUUUUGACUACGGAUAUACAUCCGCUGACAAACGUUGCUUGAAAAUUGCCCUCAUGAGAAGAACUGCUUCAUAUCAACCGAUAGCCAGCUUGCACACUACCGACAGAAAGUUCGCCGCCCAUUUUAAUCCAUCGGAGCGCCAGAGAUUUAGGCUACGUUAUCAUUUUGUAGAUUCAACGAGACCGUCUAAAUUCCGAGAUCGGGUGGUAUCAACCAACUAUGACUCAUUUUUAUUUACUUCACCUGCGAUUCUACUGCGCUUUGUCUUAUUGGGAUACCAAGAUUGCCUAGCUCCCAUAUUUGCUAAAUGGAAAAUAAAUAAUAAUGAUAGUAGCUCGGCAGUAAUGAAAAAGUUUACCUUCAGUUUUACUCGUAGUCUGCUCUCAACCAACCCAAAUGUGGAUAAAAUAUUGUCUGAUAUAUUAGCCAGAGACAUGAGCUACGCUCUUGAUGUUCAUCAGCUUCGCCAUGUAUUAUCAACACUUUCAAUUACCCAGAAAGACUCUAUGGCCUUAGCAAGCGCGGAGAAUGAUCUCAAGCUCUAUCAAAUCAUUAAGCAGGUCGAUAUAAAUACUCAGAACUUGAAAUUAUACAAAUGUGGUAAAAUAGUAUUUCUAAAACACCAGAAGAAGAAUUGGUACAUGACAUCAUAUUGCAAUGAUCUAGCUUUAAAUAUGUUGUCUAGAAAAAUAAAACCUGGGCCUAUGCUCUGCGGCAAAAAUCUCAAAACAGCUGCGAAUCGUUUUCAGCUCUCGGUUGUACAAAUGUAUUUGGAUAAUAUUAAUUCAAGUGAAAAGUCUCUUACCCCAGACGUUAGACGUGCCUUGAGUGCCUUUGCCCGGAAUAUGCAUUUAUGUAGGAAAAACAAUUUAAAUUUCCCGAUUUCAGAGAUUGAGCGCAAGGAGUGUUACAAGAAGAGUCUCAAAUUACUGACAGGAUGGGAAAAAGAUGGAAUGCCAGUGCCUGGCGAGGUACGAAAGGUCUCAUUUGCAACUAUACCACACGAGUUAGAUGUGGAGAGAGAAAUUUGGCUUCGCUCCUACUAUCCGACCUAUAUAUGCGUUCUCGCUGAUCUAGGCUUUGCUGAAACGCUUGACAAUGAAUGGGAAAUUCUCUCCAAUACCUCACGAACAAAGUAUAUGGCUUCACUAUUUGCUUCUGCGUUCCUUCUUGUGAAAAAGCCUCGUCGGGCUCUUUCGCUUCUAGAGGACUUUAACGCCUGGUCAGAAUCUCUAAACACUAAUGCAAAGCAGUUACAAGCUCAAGAAAAUAGUUCGUCGCCUGAGAUAGCCCACAUACUUCUUGCCAUGUACACCUAUUUUCGAAUGAAAACUACCCUCAACCUACGCAAAUAUCUGAGGCAAUUGGAAUAUAACGAUACUCCGAUUUAUCUACUCUACAAUCUAGUUCAGUAUAUACCGCCGAAUCACAACAUGACUUCCUCCGGUGAAAACGUAUCAGUUGAGUUGAAGAACGAUAGAUUAAUUGAAUGGACUAAAGAUGUGUAUGGAGAAAUGGGACUUCUUAUUUCAAAUAAUGGCGGAAAAACUCCCAUAUAUUGGAGACCUGGGAGCCUAAGUAAGAGGCAACUUUCGAAAUAUCUCUUGCAGGAUAAAACCUGGACUAGACCAAGUGUCCAGACUUGA